AUGAGCUCUUCUUCCAUUCCCCUCUUUGCCCCUCUCCUUCCUCUGCCUCUGCCCCUCUUCUUCCUCUGCCUCUGCCGUUCGCCUUUCUCUUCGCCCCUCACCUUCCUCUCCACCUCUCUUCUUUCUCUCCGGCUCUCCCCCACAGUACCCACAGCCCCUUCAGGCGUGCCGCGGGUGCGCGCGGAGGACGUGGUGCUUCACGUGGUGCGCGCAGGGGAGGGCACAGGAGAGCGCGCAGGGAGAGGGGCGGGGGAAAGGGAUGGAGAGGCGGAAAAAGGGAGGGGAGGGGAAGGGGUUGGGGGUGAGGAAUGGGAGAAGUGCGAGGAGUGGGAGGACGAGGAGGGAGGGGAGAGGGAAAGAGGGGUCGAGGAGGGAAGGGAGGGGGAGGGAGGGGAGAGGGCGGAGAUAGUAGUAUCUGUGAAGGCGAGUGAGGUGAGGCAGCUGCAGCACCCACGUGCCUUGCACGCGCUGCUGUACCUCGCAGAGAGGCACCUCGUUACUGCCACACCCUACCUCGUUGCUGCAGCCCACAACAGCACAGCAGCGGAAGCACGCCCAGCGGAAGCACGCCCAGCGGAAGCACGCCCAGCGGAAGCAGGUGCAGGGGCAUAUGAAUCACAGUCAGGCCUGUGUGGGUGCGUCUGGGUGGCGGUGGGCAUCCCCCGCAGCCUCGCCCCCACUCUGCCCCUACCGGACGUGCGCGCCCCUCUGCUCUCCCCGCUGCUCAACUCUGUGCGCCGCCCCUCCCAUGCGCCCCACAUGCGCGCCCUCAUGGCCCGCCUCGCCCCCCUCGCCCUGCCCCACGCCCCCAUUCCCCCAUGUUUGCAUGCACAUGCACUUACGCUCACAUGCACGCAUGCGAGCUGUGAGGCGUCCCAGGAUAUGCAUGUGCACAGGCAGGAGGAGCAUGGGGAUGAGGUGGAGGAUGCGCGUGGAAGCACGAGGCAGGAUGCUUGCUCCACCCCACCCUGCGCCUGCCAGCCAGGACUUGAUGCUCCUGGCUUGGCUACUGCUGACGUGGCUGCUGAUCUGGGUGGAGAGGGUGGAGGUAAGGGGAAGAGCAGACAGGAGAUAGGGAAGGGGUUGAGUGAUGAGGACAGCAGCACAGGCGUGACAAUGGGUGGUGCCGCUACCUGUGCCUCUGCUGCUGGUGACGACGAGGGAGUGGCUGGUGCAGCAGAGGCCAGGUGGAGCGUGCAUGGCAGGGGGCAUGCGGGCAGCUGCUUUGACCUCGCGCAGCUCUAUGCUGCUGUGCGUCCCAGCAGGAACCUUCCACCCCUCGCCACGUGUCCUGCCGCCCUGCUACCCUCUCUGAGGCCGUACCAGAGCCGGGCCGUGGCAUGGAUGCUGCAGCGCGAGCAGGGCGGGCACGGUUCAGGGGAGGGUGAGAUAGGGGGUCGUAGUGGCAGUGGGGAGGGGGAUGCAGUGCAGCAGCAGCGGCAGCGCGUGGAAUGGUGGGGAGCGGAGCAGCACCCGUUGUGGCGGCAGGUAGCAGCAGGCAGCGCCAGCACUGAACCUUUGCCGCGCCUGCCGCACACCAGCACUUGCUCUGCCGCCACUCUCCUCUACAACCCCUUCCUGUGCGUGCUUGUGUUGUGUGUGAGCCACCUCAUACUACCAUGCUCGCCUCCCCCCCUGCUCGCCUCCCCCCCUGCUCGCCUCCUUUCCUCUGCGCCUCCCCGCCUGCUCGCCGGCGUGGUCCAUGUUCGGCACGUGGCAGAUGCGUGCAGCGUGUGUGUGGGGAGUGCUGCCGCCCCUCCUGCUUCUUCCUUGCUUUGCCUCGUGCACCGCACAUUCGUUCGUCUUCCCCCCUCCGCCGCAUGUGCAAGGGCUGAGAGGCAGCUGCAGGGGAAAGAGGCAAGGCCGCAUAGGGGGGAGAGGGGCGACGGGGAGAUGCAUCAAGUUAGCUCUUCUUUGGGUCCAGGUUCGGUGAGCCAAAGUCCGGUGAUUGCAGGUUCAGGAAGUGGUGUGUGCGGGUGGGUGGGGGAAGUGGCAGGGGCAGUGAGGGGAGGCAUUGUGGCGGAGGAGAUGGGGCUGGGGAAGACCGUUGAGGUGCUUGCUUGCAUUCUCGCCCACCGCUGGGGGGGCAGUGAGUGCGGUGGGGGCGGAGGGGACAGGGGGCAGGCAGAGAAGGCUGAGAAAGGGGUGUUGCAGGGAGAGAGGGUGAGAUCUGGAAAACGGGGGAGGGAGGGGGGAGAGGAGGAAGGGGUGGUGGGGAAGAAGAGGGGAGUGCCGAGGUGUGUACAGGGUGUGGUGGAGAGAGGGCGGGCAUGUGGGGAGAUAGAGGAGGGGGUUGAGGAGGAUAGGAGGAGCCGCAAGAGGCGCAGUGGCAGCAGUAUGGGCAGCAGCAGCAGCGGCAUGAGCUGCCGCAGUGCAGGGAGUGGCGCAGAGGCAUUGGCAACGCAGGAGGUGAGGGGAGGGGCAGAGGCGGCUCGGGGAGGGCAGGCAGAGCAGCAACGAGAGUCAAUGGAGGGGCCUCUGGAGGGUGUGACGUGGCACAGCAAGGGGCAGCGGAUGCAGAGGGGGAGAGAAGGGAUGAGGGGGAAGGGGCGGAAGGAGGGUGGUGGGGGUUGUGGAGAUACUGGGGGUGAGGACGGGGAAAGGAAGGAGGGGAAGGAGAGCAGGAAUAGGAAGCGAGGGAGAGGGGGAUGUGAGGGGACGGCAGCAGGGAGUGGCAGGGGGUUUAGUGGUGGCGAGCAGGUGGAGGCAGAGGGAGGAAGGGAAGGGGCAGGGGAGGACAUCGAGGGUGGCGAGGUGCGGGAGUGUGGGAGCACGCUGAUCGUGUGUCCGGUGGCCAUCCUCCCCCAGUGGCAACAGGAGGUCGUGCGGCACACGCGGCCCCACACAGUGGGAGUGCUGGUGUACCGCGGUGUCAACAGCCCCGCUCUGCGCCUCUCCUUCCGCCCCGCCCCUACCUCGCCCUCCCACGCACCCCUCGCCUCACCCCCUCAAGCCGUGCCCUUGGAAGGGGACCAGUCCCCUCCCACUCCCCUCACCUCCUUCCUUUCCACUCCUCUCACCUCGUCCCCUGCCUCUCCUCCCGUUGCCUCCUCCGAUUCUCCUCUCACUGCAUCGUCUGCCACAGCUGGAAGGGUGGGAGAGUGUGGUGGGGGGGAGGGGAUGGCAGGAGAUGGCAGGUGGAGGGGCGGCGGAGAGGAUGGGGAUGGCAAGAGGCGGGUGGGUGGAGAGAACAGUGAGCGAAAGGGUGGCGCGGGCAGCAAAGGGAAAUGCGGGGAUGGCAGCGGAUGGAGGGAUGGGGAGAGAGUGUGUGCAGGAGGCAGGCAAGCAGCGCACGGGAGUGGAGGAGGGCAGGUGGGCGUAGCAUCAGGCGAUGGAGAAACGGGGCCAGAGGAAGGAGGACUGGGUGGCGGAGGUGGGGAAGAGAGAGGAGGGGUGGGUGGCGGUGAGGGGGAGUUGGAGUCGGUGUGGGAGGAGGUGCCUGCAGUGACUCUUGAUGACCUGGCAGCUGCUGACAUCGUGCUGACGUCAUAUGACACGCUGCGUGGCGACAUCUGGCACGAUGUGGGUGGGCAGGGGCACGUGGCGACACGGCAGCUGAGAUAUGAGAAGAGGUAUCAGAUCCGCCCCACGCCCCUCACGCGGCUGCACUGGUGGAGGGUGUGUCUGGACGAGGCGCAGCUGGUGGAGGGGGGAGCGUCCAACGCAGCCCUCAUGGCGGCCCGCCUGCCAGCACGGCUCCGCUGGUGCGUCUCCGGCACGCCGCUGCACCGCGGCCUCCCGGACCUCCUCGGCCUGCUCCGGUUCCUCCGAGCCUCGCCGUUUGACGAGCCUCACUGGUGGCGGCAUUUUUUCCAGGUGCCUAUCCAGAAUGGAUGCAUGGCAGCAUGGCACGCGCUCCUGGCCCUCAUGUUGAGGCUGAUGUGGCGCCAUCACAAGGCCGACGUGGCGGACGAGCUGGCGCUGCCACCUCAGCGGCAGCUGCUGACGGUGCUGCGGUUCAGCGCCAUCGAGGCGCACUUCUACCGCCAGCAGCACGCCAAGUGCGCCCAGCGCGCCAGCAGCAUGCUGCGCUCCGUGGCACGCGGGGGACGGAAGGGGGGAGGGAGGAGAAGCGGAGCAGGAGUUGGAGACGGAGUGGGAUUAGAUGCGAGAGGUGAUGGGGAUGGGGGUGCAGAGGCGGAGGGGGAGCAGCAAUGGCAGGGAGGGGGAAGAGAGUGGCAGCAGCAGCAGCACCAGCAUCUGGUACUGGGGGCACGGUCAUUAGCGGGUGCAUGUCGGGGCGACAUGGAGCGGUUCCUGGCGUCGCUGCUGCUGCUGCGCCACGCCUGUUGCCACCCUCAGAUCGGCUCGGGUGGGCUCAGACCGCUGGGCUCACAGGGCCGCCCCAUGCACAUGGGCGAGGUGCUGCAGGUGAGAUGCGGUGCAGGUGAGAUGCGUGGUGCAGGUGAGGUGCUGUUGGAGAAGGCGCGGGUGGAGGCGGAGGAAGCCCAGCGCCUGCUCAUCUCCGCCCUCAACGGCCUCGCUGCCCUCCACGCCAUCCACGCCCCCACCCUCCCCCUCCGCCUCUCCUCACGCCCCACCCCUUCCUCCUCCUCUCACUCUCCCCUCUCCAUUGACAAGAGUGGUGAGCAGUGGCGGGCGGGGGCGGUGCAGGCGGUGGGCAUUUACCGUGACGUGCUGCGCCUCAUGGAUGGCCAUGGGCCCGCCCAUGGGGAGACAGCGAGGGGACGGGAUGGCAAUGGGGAUGGGGAUGGGGAUGGGGAGGAAGGCAGAGAGAAGGGGUUGUGUGUGGGUGGCCCCCUCCCACAAGGCGGUGUGCUGCGCACGGACCCCCUGCAGCGCCUGCACGUGCUGCACAACCUGCACCACCUGCUCGCCCUGCUGCACGCCACCAGGGAUGGAGAAGGGACGGGAGAGGGUGGGCAGGGGUGCAGUGCGGUGGGGCCUGGUGGCGAUGAAGCGGAGUUGGGUGUGGUGCGGACACUGAGGGACGAGCGGCUGGAGGCGGAGAGCAGCGAGGUGAAGGAACGGUACCUGGCGCCCGUGAGGGGCCGCGCUGCUGCUGCUCACAGGGCCUUCGAGGAGACACACUCUCAGGUAGAGGCCCAUCUGGCAGCGGCACGUCUCUCCACCGCCACCACCCCCUGGUGGCUCACGCUCCUCACCGCACUGCACUCCUCCGCACCGCCCGGCAUGGCGGAGAGUGUCACGGCACGCCUGCACCGAGCGCUACUGGACGACGACCAUUGCCCGGCCCACACCCACAACAUGGCCAGCCUUGGACUCAGGUUCCGCACACUGCACGGGUUGCGGCUGGUGCUGGCAGGAGAGGUGGACUCGCUGCUGGCAGGCAGGCGGGAGGUGCUGCACCGCGUGCUGCAGGCGGGGGGGCAGGUGGCAGAGCAGGGCGUGCACGGCAGCCUCGUCGCACAGGCAGGCUCGUGUGCGCGCUGCUGUGCGGUGCAGGAGGAGGAGGAGGGGGCGGACGCCAGGGGGGCUGGGAGGUUGCUGGCUGGGGUGGGUGGUGAGAGGGGGAUGGAAGUGGGUCGGGGGGAUGAGUGCUGCAUGCACUGCAAGACACAGGAGUUCUUCGAGAGCUAUCAGCGGCGCCUCUUCCACCUGCGCCUCUCCUCCGCCCCCUCCUCCCUCCCCGCCUCCUCCCCCUCUGACCACCCUCACUCUCCCCAUCCCUCCGCCUCGCCCCAUGACCCCCUGCACGUGCUCCAAUCCACUCUCGGCGUGCGCCGCACCCCACUCGCUGCAGCAGCAGCAGCAGCAGCAGCAGGGGGAGUAGCACCAGUACGGGAGCAGGGUGGGAGGGGGAGGGGCAGCAGGGGUGAGGCAGGGGGCGGGGCGAGUGGGGUAGAGGGGAAGGGGGGAACGGUGGUGUGGAACCCGUCUGACACCGAGAGGUGCCUCGCUGUGCUGGCGUCUGUGCUGCGAUCGCUGCCACGUGGCAUCAUCCCAGAGGACGAGCAAGCCAGCCUGGCAGCUGCAGCGUCCAGCUCUUUGGAGGCUCUGGAGGCAAUGCGAAAGGAGUUCCUGAUGGCGCGAGCGUGGUCGGAGGCACAGAGGGGAGUGCUCAGAGCGCUAGAUGAGCUGCACAUGGCCGUCACGCGAAUCACGCUCCGCCACGUGGACGAGCCGCCAGCUGCCACGUCAGCAGCUACACGCAUGGCACGUGUGAGUGAGGAGGAGGCGGCGGCGCUGAGCGUGGUGCUGACGCAUGACAGGCUGGCAGCCGAUGCUCAGCUGCAGGCCAGCCGCGCUCAGCUGAGGUACCUGCGCGGGCUGGCUUCUGCUCGACGGCGCGCGGUGCAAGGCGGGGGAGGCAUGGGGACGGAGAUGGGUGGGGCGGAGAGGGAUGGGAGAGGGAGUGGGAAGGGUAAGAGUGGGGAGAGCGUUGGAGGAGAGGAGGAGGGGGAGGAGGAGAGCUGCCCGGUGUGCAGGGAGGCGUUGGGCAGUGAGCUGUCGGUGCUGCCAUGCGGCCAUCUGCUGUGCUGCAAGUGUGAGUGCUCUCCAUCCGUUUCAUCCCUCACCACGUCAUCUCACUGUCCCAUCUUUCACCGCGUCGUUCACUGUACAUGUUUACUGGUAGAGAGGUCCCCUCAAGCCACCACCAGCAGCAGCAGCACCAGCAGGGAGCGGCGCAUGCGAUGCCCCACAUGCCGCCACGUGGCAAGGGCAUCGGAGAUUGCCUACGUGGACAACCGCAGGGAUCACCAUGGAUACCCUGCUGGCGCCCUGCAGGCGAAUCAGGAGUCGGAUGCGCUGGACGCGGUAACGCGGCGGGUGUUACGGUUACUGCGCAGCGACCCAUCAGCGCGCAUCAUCAUCUUCAGCGCAUGGAGGGAGGUGCUGCUGCUCGUGCAGCACUGCCUGCACGCCAAUGCCGUCCCCACCGCCUGCGCCUUCUCCCACCGGGAAGUGCCUCCAGCAUUGAAGCGCUUCAGAGAGGCCACUCCCGCAGCUGCCCUCUCCGCUCGCCCCACCCGCCCCUCCCAUAAGCCCCGCCCCAAGCGCCGCAAACGCUCCCUCACCUCUCCCCUGCCACCUGCCAUCCCACCGGCCGCUGCUGCUACUGCCUCUUCCACAGGCAGGGCAGCGGGGGCAGUGAGCAGUGCGCAAGGGGGGGAGGGCAGCGGGAGGGAAGCAGGAGGGGCCGGGGGCGGGGGAGAUGGGGAACAGUGUCGUGUGCUGCUGCUGGUUGUGGCGGUGGGGGGCAACGGGCUGAACGUGGUGGAGGCACAGCACGUAGUGUUUGUGGAGCCGGGGCUCAAUGCGGCCGCUGAGGCUCAGGCUGCCAACCGCGUGCACCGCAUCGGCCAGACCCGCCAGACCUUUGUGCACCGCUUUAUUGUGCAUGGCACGGUGGAGGAGCCCAUUCACGCCCUCGCGCGCUCCAAGGCCGCUGCUGCCCCCCUCGCCACCGCCCACGCUGCCGCCAGCCCGCUGUCCUGCAGAGACCAUGACUCGCUCACCCUCGCUGACGUCACCGCUCUCUUCCCCCAGGCCUGCCCUGCUGGAGAAGUCAGGGCGGUGGAGGAACGGGUGGUGGCGAUGAGGGGUGGAGCAGAGGGGGAUGCAGGCAGGGAGGACCGUGAGAGGCUUGCCCUGGCUGCUGCUGCUGCUGCAGAAGCACGGAUGCAAAAACAGCCUGAGUGA